AUCACCGUAGGUUUCGUGUUCUUUUAACACGUGCUACCGGACCUGACGCUUCAGGGAGUCGUCGCUCUUCAAACCAUUUUCAAAAAUGUCUGAAACAUUAAAACUCCGAGGAACUCUUAGAGGCCACAAUGGCUGGGUUACUCAAAUUGCAACUAAUCCGAAAUACCCGGACAUGAUCUUAUCUUCCUCUCGAGACAAAACUCUCAUCGUGUGGAAGCUGACCAGAGACGAAAACAACUACGGUAUACCUCAAAAGCGUUUAUACGGUCAUUCGCACUUCAUUUCUGAUGUUGUGCUGUCUAGUGACGGUAAUUACGCCCUUUCCGGUUCUUGGGACAAGACUUUGCGUUUGUGGGAUCUCGCUGCAGGCAAGACUACCAGACGAUUCGAGGACCAUACUAAGGAUGUACUCUCGGUAGCCUUCUCAGUUGACAACCGUCAGAUAGUGUCUGGUUCUCGCGACAAGACUAUCAAACUCUGGAACACCCUUGCGGAGUGCAAGUAUACCAUCCAAGAUGAUGGACACAGCGAUUGGGUGUCAUGUGUCAGAUUCUCACCCAAUCAUGCCAACCCCAUUAUCGUAUCCUGUGGUUGGGACAGAACUGUCAAGGUCUGGCAUCUCACUAACUGUAAGCUCAAGAUUAACCAUUUGGGUCACUCUGGCUACCUGAACACUGUUACUGUAUCACCUGAUGGCUCUUUGUGUGCAUCUGGUGGUAAGGACAUGAAGGCGAUGUUGUGGGAUCUGAACGAUGGCAAACACCUCCACACCUUAGACCACAAUGAUAUCAUCACGGCCUUGUGCUUCUCACCCAACAGAUACUGGCUAUGUGCUGCUUUCGGACCUUCCAUCAAGAUCUGGGAUCUGGAAAGCAAGGAGAUGGUUGAAGAGCUCAGGCCUGAAAUCAUUAACCAAACACAAACUUCCAAGACAGACCCUCCUCAGUGUCUCUCCCUAGCGUGGUCUACUGAUGGACAAACCUUAUUUGCUGGUUACUCAGAUAAUACUAUAAGAGUUUGGCAGGUUUCCAUCUCAGCCCGAUAAGCUUAAUUGUCAACAUUAAUUUCAUUUAUUUUUGUGUUCUUUACUCAUUCCUUGGAUGAUUGACUCUAAGUGAUUUUUCUACUUGUUCCAAUUCUUGACAGUGUUGAAUUAUGUUAAGGAUGAAAAUAAAUGAAAUUGUGUAAAUUUUC